AUGAUGUCUCUACUGAUCCACUUUGGUUGGCCAACUAUGUUGAUUGCAUGGGCUCUCGGGAUCAGUCUCUCCUUCAUACUCAGCUUCAUGGGCGUGUUGCCGGCAUGCACGAGCUUUGAGGUCCACGCCAUUGAAUUUCAUGGCCAAGUUCCCUAUGGAUGCUGGAUCAUGCUGACCGGCCUCAUGGCCCCCAUUGCUGGGCUGAUGGUCUUUCCAUAUCUCCCGCGCCUGCACGGAUCAGACACAUGUUUCUUGGACUUCGUGUGCAUCAAUCAGACAGACACCGACGAAAUGCAACAGGGGAUCCGAUGCAUCGGACAUUUCCUGGCUGCCUCGGCGGAAUUGCGGGUGCUGUGGAGCGCGCCGUACCUUUCGAGGUUGUGGUGCGUCUUCGAACUUGCAGCUUACCGCAAGAUGAACCCAUCCGGAACCAUUGUCAUCGCGCCAAUUUUCAGAGAGCUGUUGGCGUGCAAAAGCUUCUUGUGGGUGAACCUGUUUACCUUCACGUUUUGGUUUUCCAGAAGGGGUCCUGAAGGAGGCGGUGGAGUGCGCCUUUUAGCUGUCUUUUUGUGCGCGUUUUGUGUUGUCUUCCCGUCCUUGGCACAAGUGGCGUGCAAACAGAAGCUGGACCGUGACAAGCUGGACUCUGAUUUGGCCACGUUUGAUGUUUUGAAAGUGGAGUGCAGAAGCGAUUUCGACAGACAGUGUAUACACGAUGCCAUCAUCCAGUGGUAUGGCAGUUUGGCCGCCUUUGCCCACAUGUACAGGGGCCCUUUCACCAGGAAGUGGUGA